CAACUAUUCUAAUAGCUAGACCUCCUCCACUGGGCCAAUCCUUAGAGGCUCUUUAGCAGACAGCUGGCGCUACGGCGGUAGGUGCCUCUUUAUCGCCUGACAUCAAUGCGCAUUAGUGAGGGGAGCUACCCGUUAGCUUAUCCGUCUCUUGGGAAUGGCUUCGUUUUUGGUGGGAGCGCGAUGAAUCCCCCAUCCAUGAGUCAUAUCUUGGUUUUGGCACCAUCAUAAACGCAAUCGAUCUCAAUCCAGUCAAUAAAUAAUUAAAUGAUAAACUAACUGAACUUCAUAGAUGUUGGCAAACAGGCCUCUUGUUCCCGGAAUAGCUCAAAAGGAACACACAACCACACACCGCGGUUAUCUUGAAAUAGACGGUCCGUUGAUCGACUUGACAAGCGCCGACUUGACAGGAGAUGCUUGACGACUCACUGCCACGGUGGGCAUCUAUACAGAGGAUUACACAGCCCGACGCAACAAUUUAGACUAGGCCAUCAUGAAAGACUCCGUCACCCCACACUCCGGGUAAGAUAUGACUAUCUUGAAUUCGGGCAAAGAUUUAGCCAAGGCCGGUCUAAAGUCAAAUAUUGCCUUGACCAGACUGCAUGUGGCGAAUUGCUGGGUGAGCUGCAGUGAUGACAGGUCCAGGGGAAGAACUGGUUGGAAACUAGCGCGUCCGCAUCCUAUAGCAUAAUGGGUGUGAUUAUGCACCAAAGAUCUGAAGGGAAGGAUGAAAGGAUCAAUGAGAUGGUGUGCUAUGCCUGUCGUGUAUGCCAAUUGAAUCCUUCAAAGGCUAGCCGCCGCCAGAAACUCUCGAGGCUGUCACAUCCCGUACUACCACUACGGCAGAACAUCCGCACCAUUCUUGGUGAUACCACGAGGUCAGCGGAAAGAUACAAUUUGACUACGGAUCUUCAAACUCAAAGGAAAAGAGUGUGCUCGCACUCGGGCAACACCAUCACAUGUUAGCAGCCAUAGGUAGCGGUAGGAUCAUGAUAAACCUGGUUCCCUA